UGAACCCUCGCUCAACUAGUGGUUCCCAACAGGACGUGAACGCGGCAUUGGCCAGGGGCGGGUAGGCGCUAACCGUGCAGUAUGGCGGACGAUGGAGACAGUUCGAGCGGACCAGUUGACACAAGCGGUGGGCAGGGAGCAGCGGAGGAGUCGGACGGGCUUGGCAUCGGCGGGAUGUUGCUGGAUAUUAGUAUUUUAGUUCUGGUAGUUGUGGUCUGUCUGGCGGUCUACCGACGGUGGGGCAAACGGCUAUACUCGAACGCGGCCCAGGCCUCGGCGCUUCCCAAGAUGAGGAGACGGGACUUCACUCUGGAGCAGCUGCGGGAAUACGACGGUCUUCAGAACCCCCGCAUCCUGAUGGCCGUAAACAUGAAAGUUUUCGACGUGACCAGCGGCAAAAAGUUUUAUGGCAAAGAUGGUCCUUACGGCAUUUUCGCAGGCCGAGAUGCUUCGAGAGGCCUGGCCACCUUCUGCCUGGAGAAAGAUGCCCUGAGGGACGAGUACGAUGACUUGUCAGAUCUCAACGCUGUACAGAUGGAGAGCGUUAGAGAGUGGGAGAUGCAGUUUAUGGAAAAGUACGACUACGUUGGAAGGUUGCUGAAGCCGGGUGACGAGCCGUCAGAGUACACGGACGAGGAGGACAUCAAGGACCACCUUAAACACGACUGAGAGGUUCCAUCACUCCGACCAAAGCCAGGAGCCCCAAACAGCUGUGACAGGCCGCCCCAGCCCCCCAGACCACUUCCUCCUCUUCCUCCAUCAUCUCCUGCCCUGCUGGCCUACCCGCCACACCUUUCACGUGCCCCACUGCCCAAACUCUUCCCUCUUGAAUCUGUCCGGUGACGUGGCUGCUCUGGAAGGGCAGAAUUCAAAUGUCAACACGCGGACCUCCUUCCCUCUCCAUCCCGCAGAGAUCACCACCAACGGAAAGCAAUCGUAAAACCUUUGAGGAGUUUUUUUCAAUGACAGCAAACACGUCUGGGGGCAGUGAGAGGUCUCGUGCCAUUAGAUGUAUCUGAAACAAAACCCUAAAAUAUUUUAAUCAUUUGUCCAGGGGGGGAAAGUGUGGUCGUCGUGGUCGCUGCAGACCGUUGGGUGGAGGCUGGUCCGAGGUAGUCAGAGAAACACAUUGGUCUGAGAUGAUCAGUGGACUGGGAAGGGGAAACGGAUUUCUCUCUCUCUUUUUAUCUUUGGUUUAGUCACAUCGCAACUGAAACUGCUUCAGCUUCGGACAGCUUAUCAAUCAGUCAUUUCUGUGUUUUGUUCAAGUCAUUCUCUCCCCUUGUUCAGAGGGCAGUGCUGUGGCCUAACCAAAGGCAAGUGGCAGGGCAUCGCAUUUUCCUGUUGUGUUUGUAGUGUAUGCACUACUAGUUUUCUUUGUUUGUCACCAUGUGAUUGUAUUUGAGUAGCAUAGG